AGGAGAAUGAAAAAGCAAAAACGAGGAGGCUAAGCAAAAGUCUUGAUAGUAACAGUACAGAAUGAUAUCAAUCCAAGUGUCCAAAGUCGAAAGUAAUCCCCAAGAAAAAACUUGCUUCAAUCUGCCUCCCAAGGCCACACAAUCUUAGGGAUAAGAUCAAAGAAACCUCACUAUAAAAGCCAAAGGGUGCAGACUGGAGACGAAAACUCGAAGAAAAGCUUCGAGUUAACAGAAAUUGAGGGUGCCAAAGACAAUGUCUCAAGGAAGCAUUCUUGGUCUAGGCCUUCUUGUAGCAUCCGUUUUCUUGUUUAUCGACUCCUUUGAAUGUACUGAGUAUUCUCCUCCAUCAACUCAAGGAGAACUUCCCUACAUGACCUCAAAUGUAGAAGAAGUUUCAGGUAAAUCCUUUGAUUACAUUGUUGUGGGUGGAGGCACUCUUGGCUGCCCUCUUGCUGCAACUCUAUCUGAGAAAUUCUCUGUGUUGGUGGUGGAACGAGGUGGUUCACCUUAUGGCAAUCCCUUUUUGGAUAGAGAAUACUAUGGCUAUCCAUUGAUUCAGGCAGAUGAGUUUUCAUCUGUUGCACAACAGUUCACCCCAAGUGAUGGGAAUCCCAAAAACAUCACUGUUCUUUUGAAUGCAACAGUAAAGAAUAUCAUCUUCCAUAACAACAGUAAGGCAAAUGAGACAAGAGCCCACGGAAUCAGGUUCAUCAAGAGCGAUGGCAGCACAAACCAAACCUAUGAAGCUUACCUCAAUGAAGCCAAGAAUUUGGGUUCCUCUGGUGAUGUCAUUCUCUCAGCAGGGGCAUUAGGCAGCCCUCAAAUCCUAUUAUUAAGUGGAAUUGGACCUGGUAGAGAUCUGAAGAACUUUGACAUCCCAGUUGUAUUGGAUCUUGAGGGUGUUGGAGAAGGAAUACAAGACAACCCCAGCAUUGCAGUUGUGUUUGACACCUCGCCACAGAUCCAACAAGGAGAGCCCCCUCAAGUUGCAGGCAUAGCAAACGAUUUCAAAUUCUUCAUUGAAGGAGUCGUCGUCUGGACCAGCUUCAACUCAACAGGGAAUCGAAUCGCGGCCAAGAUUGCAUUGCCAGUAUCCAAAGGGAAGCUCAAACUAAACAGUACAGACCCCAGGAGAAACCCUUUUGUGACAUUCAAUUAUCUAGCUGAGGAGGAAGACUUGGAACAAUGUGUAAACAUGGUUCAAUUACUCAGGCGAGUAGCAGGAUCGGAAUCCGUUACUGUGUUCUUAGGCCACCACAGUCAAAGUAACUUGAACUCUAGUUCCAAUCAGCUAAGACAAUUCUGCAAGCAGAAUGUGAAAACUUUUUAUCAUAAUCACGGAGGUUGUAUAGUUGGAUCGGUUGUUGAUCAUGAAUACAGGGUUUCUGGGGUUAAGGGAUUAAGAGUAAUAGAUAGUUCAACUUUCACAGAAUCACCAGGAACAAAUCCCAUGGCUACCGUCUUGAUGCUAGGAAGAUAUCAAGGUAUUAAAUUACUCAGGGAAAGGGAAAAUUGUCUCCCAAUUGAUUGAAACUCAAUGAAUCUACCAUCAAUAAAACUAGGAUAGUUCAACUUUCACAGAAUCACCAGGAACAAAUCCCAUGGCUACCGUCUUGAUGCUAGGAAGAUAUCAAGGUAUUAAAUUACUCAAAGAAAGGGAAAAUUGUCUCCCAAUUUAUUGAAACUCAAUGAAUCUUCCAUCAAUAAAACUAGGGUUGGUUGAGAUUCUAUUCAAUAAAAAUGAAGAAUUUGU